AUGGACACAGGUUCAGUGGGAGGAUUAGAAUUGACUGAUCAGACUCCUGUUUUAUUAGGGAGUACGGCCAUGGCAACUAGUCUCACCAAUGUAGGAAAUUCAUUUAGUGGUCCACCUAAUCCUUUAGUUUCUAGAUCUAAUAAAUUUCAAAACUCAUCAGUGGAAGAUGAUGAUGAUGUUGUUUUUAUCGAACCCGUACAACCUCCCCCACCUUCUGCACCAGUGGUAGCUGAUCAAAGGACUGUAACAUUUACAUCAUCAAAAAAUGAAGAACUACAAGGAAAUGAUUCCAAAAUUCUUCCAUCCUCAAAAGAGUUGGCUUCUCAGAAGGGAAGUGUAAGUGAGACAAUUGUCAUUGAUGAUGAAGAGGACAUGGAAACAAAUCAAGGGCAAGAGAAAAAUUCCUCCAAUUUUAUUGAACGGAGACCUCCUGAAUCUAAAAACAGAACCAAUGAUGUGGAUUUCUCCACUUCCAGUUUUUCAAGAAGUAAGGUAAAUGCAGGAAUGGGUAAUAGUGGUAUCACCACAGAACCAGACUCUGAAAUUCAGAUUGCUAAUGUUACAACCUUAGAAACAGGUGUAAGCUCUGUGAAUGAUGGCCAAUUAGAAAAUACUGACGGGCGAGAUAUGAACUUAAUGAUUACACAUGUAACAUCACUGCAGAAUACCAACUUGGGAGAUGUCUCUAACGGACUGCAGUCAAGUAAUUUUGGUGUUAAUAUACAAACAUACACCCCAUCUUUAACUUCACAGACCAAGACUGGAGUAGGACCUUUUAAUCCUGGUAGAAUGAAUGUGGCAGGAGACGUAUUUCAGAAUGGAGAAUCUGCAACUCAUCAUAAUCCUGAUUCUUGGAUUUCCCAGUCAGCUUCAUUUCCUCGUAAUCAGAAACAACCAGGGGUGGAUUCUUUAUCACCAGUGGCCUCACUUCCUAAACAAAUUUUCCAGCCUUCUGCACAGCAACAACCCACUAAACCAGUUAAAGUCACUUGUGCAAACUGUAAAAAACCUUUACAGAAGGGACAGACGGCUUAUCAACGAAAAGGAUCAGCUCAUCUCUUUUGUUCUACCACCUGCCUUUCUUCCUUCUCUCACAAGCCUGCUCCAAAGAAACUUUGUGUUAUGUGUAAAAAAGAUAUAACUACGAUGAAAGGAACUAUUGUCGCUCAAGUGGAUUCAAGCGAAUCCUUCCAGGAAUUCUGUAGUACAUCUUGUUUGUCUCUUUAUGAAGACAAACAGAAUCCCACUAAAGGAGCUCUAAAUAAAUCAAGAUGUACAAUUUGUGGUAAACUAACAGAGAUUCGCCAUGAAGUUAGCUUUAAAAAUAUGACUCAUAAGCUGUGCAGUGACCACUGCUUUAAUAGAUACAGAAUGGCCAAUGGUUUAAUAAUGAAUUGCUGUGAACAGUGUGGAGAGUACCUGCCCAGCAAAGGUGCUGGAAAUAAUGUCCUGGUGAUUGAUGGUCAGCAGAAAAGAUUUUGCUGUCAAAGCUGUGUCAGUGAAUACAAACAGGUAGGUAGCCAUCCAAGCUUCCUGAAGGAGGUUCGAGAUCACAUGCAGGACUCUUUCUUAAUGCAGCCUGAGAAAUACGGAAAACUGACCACUUGUACUGGUUGCCGAACACAGUGCAGGUUUUUUGAUAUGACUCAGUGUAUAGGUCCUAAUGGAUAUAUGGAGCCAUAUUGUUCAACUGCUUGCAUGAACAGUCACAAGACAAAAUAUGCAAAAUCACAAAGUUUGGGAAUUAUUUGCCAUUUUUGUAAGCGAAACUCCUUACCUCAAUAUCAAGCCACAAUGCCUGAUGGGAAACUGUAUAACUUCUGCAAUUCCAGUUGUGUGGCUAAAUUUCAGGCUCUAAGUAUGCAGUCAUCUUCCAAUGGCCAGUUUGUAGCUCCAAGUGAUAUUCAGUUGAAAUGCAACUAUUGCAAAAAUUCCUUUUGUUCAAAGCCAGAAAUCCUGGAAUGGGAGAACAAAGUGCAUCAAUUCUGCAGCAAAACUUGUUCAGAUGACUAUAAGAAGUUGCAUUGCAUAGUUACAUAUUGCGAAUACUGUCAAGAGGAGAAGACUCUUCAUGAAACAGUAAAUUUCUCUGGCGUUAAGAGACCUUUCUGUAGUGAAGGCUGCAAACUAUUGUAUAAACAAGAUUUUGCACGACGUUUAGGACUGAGAUGUGUUACUUGCAACUAUUGCUCUCAGCUGUGUAAGAAGGGAGCAACUAAAGAACUUGAUGGUGUCGUGAGAGAUUUCUGUAGUGAAGACUGCUGUAAGAAAUUUCAGGAUUGGUACUACAAGGCUGCAAGGUGUGACUGUUGUAAAUCUCAAGGAACUCUUAAAGAGAGAGUGCAGUGGCGUGGGGAGAUGAAACAUUUCUGUGAUCAACACUGCUUACUACGUUUCUACUGUCAGCAAAAUGAGCCCAACAUGACAACUCAGAAAGGACCUGAAAACUUACAUUAUGAUCAGGGUUGUCAGACGUCCCGAACCAAAAUGACAGGUUCAGCUCCACCCCCUUCUCCAACACCUAACAAAGAGAUGAAGAACAAAGCCGUUCUCUGCAAACCUUUAACAAUGACGAAAGCUACUUACUGUAAACCUCACAUGCAGACCAAAUCUUGUCAGACAGAUGAUAAUUGGAAGACAGAAUAUGUUCCAGUGCCUAUCCCUGUGCCUGUGUAUAUCCCAGUACCUAUGCACAUGUACAGUCAGAAUAUUCCUGUUCCUACUACAGUUCCUGUUCCUGUGCCGGUUCCUGUUUUUCUGCCUGCCUCCUUGGACAACAGUGAGAAGAUCCCUGCGGCAGUUGAGGAGCUAAAAAGCAAAGUUUCCUCAGAUCCUCUUGAUGCAGAGCUGCUUACAAUGACAGAUAUGAUGACUGAGGACGAGGGGAAGACGGAAGCUGCCAACAUCAACAGUGUAAUUAUUGAAACAGACAUAAUUGGUUCAGAUCUCUUGAAGAACUCUGACCCAGAGACACAGUCCAGUAUGCCUGAUGUACCAUAUGAACCAGAUUUGGAUAUCGAAAUAGAUUUCCCUAGAGCUGCUGAGGAACUUGAUAUGGAAAAUGAAUUUUUAUUACCACCUGUUUUUGGAGAAGAAUAUGAGGAACAGCCUAGACCUCGAUCUAAAAAAAAGGGAGCCAAGAGAAAGGCUGUAUCAGGAUACCAGUCUCAUGAUGAUAGUUCUGACAAUUCAGAAUGCAGCUUUCCUUUCAAAUAUACGUAUGGUGUAAACGCAUGGAAACACUGGGUCAAAACUAGGCAACUUGAUGAAGAUCUUCUUGUAUUAGAUGAGCUAAAAUCUCCUAAAUCAGUAAAGUUGAAAGAGGAUCUGCUCUCUCACACCACGGCUGAGCUUAACUAUGGGUUAGCUCAUUUUGUGAAUGAGAUCCGACGGCCAAAUGGAGAGAGUUAUGCACCUGACAGCAUCUAUUAUCUUUGCCUUGGAAUACAGGAGUACUUGUGUGGUAGUAAUCGAAAAGACAACAUAUUCAUUGAUCCAGGAUACCAGACAUUUGAGCAAGAAUUGAAUAAAAUACUUCGAAGUUGGCAACCAAGUAUACUUCCAGAUGGGUCAAUAUUUUCUCGAGUCGAAGAAGAUUAUCUCUGGAGGAUAAAACAACUGGGAUCACACUCUCCAGUAGCUCUUCUGAAUACCCUGUUCUACUUUAACACUAAGUAUUUUGGUCUGAAAACAGUGGAACAACACUUAAGACUUUCCUUUGGCACUGUGUUUAGGCACUGGAAAAAAAAUCCUUUAACAAUGGAAAACAAAGCAUGUCUUCGAUACCAAGUGUCUUCCUUAUGUGGAACAGAUAAUGAAGAUAAAAUUACUACUGGAAAAAGAAAACAUGAAGAUGAUGAGCCAGUAUUUGAACAAAUUGAAAAUACAGCCAAUCCUUCUAGAUGUCCUGUGAAAAUGUUUGAAUGCUACUUGUCUAAAAGUCCACAGAAUCUUAAUCAGAGAAUGGAUGUUUUUUAUUUGCAACCAGAAUGCUCUAGUUCUACAGAUAGCCCUGUCUGGUACACAUCUACUUCACUGGACCGAAACACCUUGGAAAAUAUGCUUGUACGGGUUCUUUUAGUAAAAGAUAUUUAUGAUAAAGACAAUUAUGAACUGGACGAAGACACAGACUAA